UCAAAAAAAUACGUAAUGUCCCUUUCCUCAUAGAAAUAAAUAAUAUUCAAAUAUUCGAAGACAUUCAGAAAUAUCUAAAACCUUGAAGUUGCUCGAGGAACUCAGUCGGCCUGCUCGCAGUAUGGAAGACAGACAAAUUACGUAGAACUAGAAAAUAAUAUAGUACAUCAAAUUCUGUGUAAUAAUGCACAAAAGCGCUAUGCAUCUGUCGACAACGUGUUUCGCAGAAUAAAUUAAAAUAGCAACUUUCUCUUCGAAUCGUGUACGCAACAAACUAUCCAACGAGUAAUCUCCCUCCUUUAAUAACCUACAUCUGCUGUAACUUACGAAUUUUCUUUGAAACUAAUAUUAUCGUAAUUAUUUUUCUUUAUCAUAUAUUUCUUUAUUUUUAUCUUCUUUAUUUCUAUCAUAUAUUUUUUUUAUUAUAUAUAUGUGUGUAUUUAUUUAUUAAUUUUACCGUCUAAUAUUAUGUCACACUAUAAUCAAAGGUACCUUCAAAGCGAGAUGGACAAUCAUCGGGAAACAUCGUCGCAUAGAGAAAUGCACCAUAAUUUGCCACGAUAUAGUACUUCGAACACUUAUCAAGAGAUUUACAACAGUGAGCACGAUAUCCGAUUACCAGAAGAGAGAUCUUCCGUGGAAAGUAUCUGCGAGAUUGAGGAACCUGGCAUUAAUAAAAACAACAUAUAUAAUCCAUACCCAAAUGAACCGGUUUACGGCAAAGUGCUGCCAAAGAGUAACCAUGCCACGCUUCGUGAGAGAUACCAACGAUUCAACGAUUACUCGGAGCUGAAUAUGCCAGAGGCGGUAACCGCGAUGCAAAAAUUACAAAGGCUGAAGGAGCUGCAGAUGAAACGGGACAUUAGCGAAAGAUACUACUCGCAAGAAAUCAAACGAUUGAUCGGCGAAUAUUAUUUCGGCCCGAGAGCUGCCUCACCGUCCUCCAAGUUCACCACCGGAACGUUACAAAGUUCCAGUUUUCAUCCAUCUUCGGGAGGUCGGUUGAAAAACAAUCUCGAGCCAUGUGGCACAAUGACGACAAUCACACGGUUGGAUUGUGGGUGUAUUCAGGAGACGACGAGGCCAAUUUUUACGACGGCAAGGGGCCGCGUUCAAAGGAGGAAAUGCAAUCCAUCUCAAGAUGAGAAGCUUUUGAAGUUAACUUCGUUGAACCCCCAGGAACACUUGUUUUCAUCGUUAGAGCAACCUAAGGAUACGUAUCGCGCGAAAAUGAAGAAACGGUUUUCCCUAGACUCGCGAAUAUGCCCGAAGAUCUCUCCUGCCGGUGAUCAGGAGUUUGAGACGGAAAACGAGAAGAAAAACAAAGAACCAGAACAAAAAAUAUCCGAACAUAUUUCGAAAACAACGUCCCCUCAACGAAAAUUUAGCGAUACAUCAGCGACUUCUUAUUAAAAUGCAAAUUUAUUUUCUACUUAAACGUACUGUAUUUUGUGUAUAAUUAAUAACGAUAUGUCGUCCUGAUACGUACUUUUAUUAGCGAUGAAAAUUGUCAUAUCAAUUACUCUCGUUUCGAGCAUCAUGAA